GACCGCAGUGAGUGCGCUACAGGGAACGGACACGACAGUAGAAAGAAACAAGUCGGAUAACAGUUGUUGAUAGUUAGAAAUAAGCUGAUGAAGGAAAUCAUCGAAUGCAUGAAUUGUAUGGAUUAUGUUUUCCCCUCCCACGAAUUGAUAUGUGCUUUUAGACUAAUCUCAUCACUGAAGGAGAAUUCUGCAUCAUUGGAAUGUGCGCUGUUGCCACAUCGGGACGCAUCUGAGAGCAGAGCUUGUUGAUCUGAAGAUAGCUUUUUUGGGGGGGGAGACAAACCAGCUUUGGCCAAAGCAAACAGGAUGGUCCUCGUUUGACGGGACAACUAAAGGGAAGUUGUUCAUUCCCAAAAGCCUUAUACAUUUUUGUGACUUUCCUUGGACUAAUGGUAAUGGGUAUUGACGCGUUAAAUAAAAACGGAUAAGAUUUUUGUUUCCCAAGUGCACUUGUUCUUUGGCGAUGAUUGUGCUAUUCGUUCUGCUGUGUAUUGCGAAUGGAGCUGUCUCGCAAAUACGCUACUCAGUGCCGGAGGAGGCGGAACAUGGCACGUUCGUGGGGAAUAUCGCCGAGGACCUGGGACUGGACUUCACCAAAGUCGCCUCGCGACGCUUCCAGGUAGUGCCCAACUCGCGGACACCGUAUCUGGAAGUGAACCUGGAGAAUGGAAUUCUGUUCGUUAACGAAAGAAUCGACCGUGAGCAGAUCUGUAAGCAGAGUGCCAGCUGUCAGUUAAACCUGGAGGUGUUUCUUGAGAACCCGCUCGAGCUUUUCCGCAUAGAAAUAGAGGUCGUAGAUAUUAAUGACAAUCCACCCAGCUUCCCCGAGACCGACAUCACCGUGGAAAUCUCGGAGAGCGCUACCCCCGGAACCCGCUUCCCUUUGGAGAGCGCAUUUGAUCCGGACGUGGGCUCCAACGCCUUGCGCACAUACGACAUCACCACCAACAACUAUUUCUACCUGGAUGUGCAGACGCAAACGGACGGGAACAAAUUCGCCGAGUUGGUGCUGGAGAAGCCGCUAGACAGAGAGCAGCAGGCGGCGCACAGAUACGUGCUAACGGCGGUGGACGGUGGCCAGCCGCCUAGGACCGGCACCGCGCUUUUGGUGGUCAAAGUGCUGGAUUCUAACGACAAUGUACCCGUGUUUGAUCAGCCCGUGUACUCUGUGAGCCUCCCCGAGAACGCACCGGUGGGCACCCUGGUUAUUCAGCUGAACGCCACUGAUUUGGACGAGGGUCAGAACGGAGAGAUAGUGUAUUCGUUCAGCAACCACAUCUCAAGCCGCGUGAAGGACUUAUUUAGCAUAGAUGCGCGCACUGGUCGCAUCGAGGUGCGCGGAGAAGUGGAUUUCGAGGAGAGUGGCUUGUAUCAAAUAUUCGUUCAGGCGAAAGACCUCGGGCCAAAUGCCGUGCCAGCGCACUGCAAAGUUCUGGUGAAAGUCACGGACGUGAACGAUAACGCUCCCGAGAUUACGUUUAGCACCGUGACCGAGUCUGUGAACGAGAACGCAGCCCCGGGCACCGUCAUAGCGCUGCUGAGCGUGACGGACAAGGACUCGGAGGAUAACGGACAGAUGCACGUUGAAAUUCUCGGGGACGUGCCGUUCAAACUCAAAACCUCAUUUAGGAACUAUUUCACUAUUGUGACGGACGGACCAUUAAACAGAGAAAAUGCAGACUCUUACUCAGUCACUGUAGUUGCUAGGGAUAAAGGUACCCCUUCUCUCGCCACUAGUAAAUCUAUCAAAGUCCAAGUGUCGGAUGUGAAUGACAAUGCGCCAACGUUUACGCAGCCCUUUUAUGAUGUGUAUGUGACUGAAAACAAUGUUCCAGGCGCUUAUAUCCACGCUGUGACUGCUUUGGACCCAGACAUAGGUCAGAACGCGCUCAUAAGUUACUCCAUAAUGGAGUGUGAUAUUCAAGGUAUGUCCGUAAAGACGUAUGUGUCAAUCAACGAAGAGACUGGCUAUCUGUAUGCACUCAGAUCUUUUGAUUACGAACAGCUGAAAGAUUUCACCUUUAUGGUUCAGGCGAAAGAUUCUGGUAGCCCCGAGCUGUACUCUAACGUAACGGUCAAGGUGAUCAUCGUUGACCAGAAUGACAACCCCCCAUCGGUCAUUGCCCCAUUGGGAAAGAACGGCACCGCGAGAGAGCCUCUGCCCCGGUCCGCCGAGCCUGGAUACCUGGUCACCCGCAUCGUCGCCAUGGACGCGGACGACGGCGAGAACGCACGGCUCUCCUACAGCAUCCAGCGUGGGAACGAGAACGGCAUGUUCAGAAUGGACUGGCGGACUGGGGAGCUGCGCACAGCCCGACGUGUCUCCACCAAGCGGGACCCGCACCAGAUGUACGACCUGUUGAUUGAGAUUAGGGACCACGGGCAGCCUCCUCUCUCCUCCACCGCGAGUGUGUUCGUCGUGCUGGUGGACAGCGUGGUGGAGGGUCGCAACAGCGGGGAGAGGGGCGCCGCCAAGGCCAAGGAGGGCUCCCUGGACCUCACCCUCAUCCUCAUCAUCGCCCUGGGCUCCGUCUCCUUCAUCUUCCUCCUCGCCAUGAUCGUGCUGGCGGUGCGCUGCCAGAAGGAAAAAAAGCUCAACAUCUACACGUGCCUCACCAGCGAGUGCUGCCUGGGGUGCACGACCUGCUGUAGCAGGCACGCGCGAGCCCGCAAGAAAAAGCUCAGCAAGUCCGAUAUCAUGCUGGUGCAGAGCGCCGUUAACGUCACCGGGGCCAGUACGGCCCAGGUACCUGUGGAAGAAUCUGGGAGCUUCGGCUCUCACCAUCAAAACCAGAACUAUUGCUACCAGGUAUGUCUGACUCCGGAGUCGGCCAAAACCGACCUCAUGUUCCUAAAGCCGUGUAGCCCGUCUAGGAGCACAGACACGGAACACAACCCGUGCGGGGCUAUAGUGACAGGGUACACUGACCAACAGCCCGACAUCAUAUCAAAUGGCAGCAUUUUAUCAAGCGAGACCAAACAUCAGCGAGCCGAGCUCAGUUACCUGGUGGACAGGCCCAGGCGCGUGAACAGCUCGGCGUUCCAAGAGGCCGAUCUCGUGAGCUCGAAAGACAGCGGACACGGUGACAGCGAGCAGGGAGACAGUGACCACGACGCCACCAAUCGAGGUCACUCCUCCGGCGCUGACCUCUUCUCCAACUGCACAGAGGAGUGUAAGGCCCUGGGCCACUCUGACCGCUGCUGGAUGCCCUCUUUCGUACCCUCAGACGGGCGCCAGGCGGCCGACUACCGCAGCAACCUGCACGUGCCCGGCAUGGACUCCGUGCCCGACACUGAGGUAUUUGAAAGCCAAGAGCAAACGGGGGGCGAUAAGUCAUUCUCAACCUUUGGGAAGGAGACACCCCUCAGCCACCAACACCUCCACCACCACCACCUCCACCACCUCCACCAUGCCCCAGGCUCGCUAGAGAGGAAAGAGUUUGAGGCACUUCUGUCUAACACACGGACAGCGCCUUACAAACCAGCCUAUUUGACGAGGAAAAGGGUUUGCUAGUUCCUUUCGCGUGGACAUACCAGAGACCGCAUGACUUUGCACAAUCAGUCAAAGCAACAAAGGCGAAAAACAGCAUCAAGUUUUCAACUCCGUUUCCUUCGCGUUCCACGGACCGACGUGAACCCCCUGCCACAUACACACGCCCCCGUUAUCCCCCCCCUCCCCCCCACCAGUUUGAAACUCUUUCGGGGGUCGCCAUUCCUUCUGGAAUCCUACACACACCCCUUCCACCCCUCCCUCCUUGCCACUUGGAAUUCUUUGGGACACUACUGCCGACCUUGGAGACUGCUUCCCCUUUGAAUUUCGGGAGGGGGGGGGGGGCGGCUGCCGUGCGGAUGGACUCAAGGACGUGACGGGGGGACAGACUGCCAUACGCGCAGAGCCCACCGCUCUCAGCGGGACUGAGAAUACCUUGAAAACAGAACCGAAAGACGAGGAGGAGGAGAUAAAGGGAAAGGAGUUGGAGGAGCAGUUGGGAGGAGCGCGCUCUCUCCUUCCUGGAUCUCUGUGUGCCUGUUUACAGCACCAAUGUACAUCUUUAAGAAAAUCGAUGAUUUAAAAAAAAAAAAAACUUCAAGACAAAAAAAAAGGACAAAAACGAAAACUGGACAAGCGGAACCCGUCACUGAGCCCUUUAGAUGUUUGUA